AUGUUCGUCUUCCGUGUCUUAAACACGGUCCCGUAUACAAAUAGGACUGGGGCAAAAGAUUUGAUAGCCAGUGUGCAUUCUUUUCUCACAUCGAAUCUUUUAGUUGGUCUGGCUGUCUUAAUAUCAUGGAAACAGUUCGGUGGAACGCCAAUUGAAUGUAUGGUACCAUUGGACUUCACAAGUGCUUGGGUUCAGUACUCGAACAAUUAUUGCUGGGCUCAGCCGACAUAUUUCAUACCAUUCACAAGUGAGCUUGUUGAGCAAGUUAUCGAUCCAAGUGAUGUUGUCGCUGACGGAAUCACCGUAUCAGGAAGAGGACCUGUUCCAAGAUAUGUGAAAAAGGGCGGUGAAAAGAUAUCAUACUAUCAAUGGAUGUCAUUCUUCCUCUUAUUUGAAGCUGCUUGUUUUCGUCUUCCCUGCUUUAUCUGGAAAUACUUCGCCAGCCAGAGCGGAAUGCAAGUCGGCGAAAUUCUAAGAGUUGCUUCUGAUGAAAAUAAUGCAGUCCCUUUAGUGAAAAAGGCGAAUAUCGACACGUUAUGCAUUCAUUUACGAGGAGUCUUGCGUUUCCAGAAACGUCUGAAACUGAAAAAAAUCGCUCCACACAAGAUUCUUCGUUUUCUGAACAUCAAAUACUCUGCUUAUUACGUAACAUUCAUAUAUUUCGUUGCGAAAGUUGCAUUCUUGCUCAAUGUUGUCUUGCAGUCGAAUUUGUUGAAUAGAUACAUGCUUCCUCAUGAUCGUCAAAAGAAUUUCGGUUUCGAUAUGUGGAAAACGAUAUUCUAUGGAAACUCGAAUGGAAACGAAUCCUGGCGAGAGAGUGGAGUGUUUCCACGUGUCACUCUCUGUGAUUUCGAGACUCGCGACAUGGGAAACGUCCAGAUGCAUACAGUUCAAUGCGUACUUCUUCUAAAUUUGUUCACCGAAAAGAUUUUCGUGUUUUUGUGGGCAUGGUACAUCUUCCUCGGCGCCUUCACAGUCGCUAAUCUUUGCUCAUGGCUUUUUGCUGUCUUCAAUGAAACCUACAACGAACAUUUUAUUCUGAAUCACUUGGAGAUGUGUGAAACGCCUUUCGAUAAAGAUAAUUUGAAAAACCGCGAACAUGUUCAACGUUUCAUCACUCUCUAUCUCGGCACUGACGGUCUUUUCCUUCUUCAACUAAUCGCUCAACACGCUGAUGUCGUGUUUACCACUGAACUUAUUGCAGUUCUUUUCAAGACUUAUAUUGAGAUUGAAGCACAAAGAGCAACUUUGAAACAAAUGAAUGCAGUUCUCCCACUGCUUCGUCCGAAUGAAGAUGCUCAAGUUGAAAGUGCGAUGAGCACUGCUCCAUCGACAAGUCAUAAUCAAAGACGGCGUGGAACUGAACAAAUGGAAAAAGCUCCGAAAGGAAGACAAGGAUCGAUUUCAACCCAACUUCGCCCAUUCAACAGUUUUGAGGAGCCGGACGCGCCGACUAAAAAGUUUGAUGAUAGCAGCAGUGAAGACGAGAAAAGUAGCAAAAAGAGCAGCAAAAAGCACAGUCCAACAAAAAGAAGAACAGCCCUGGCACGUCUGCCAAUCCUCAUCGUCCAUCAUUGGCUCAUACUGGUUCACCAUCAUUCACUCAACUUGAAGAAAACGAAUCCAAGGUUCCAAAAACAACAUCCAACUCAUCGAGAGCCUUCCAAUACUCUGUAUGGAAAUCUGGUUUCAGUUGCUGAGCAGUUUGAGCAGCUCGUACUUUUUGAGAACACCAGACACGAAGACCAGGAACUUCCUCUUCUUCGAAGAAAUCAGCAAGAGCUGAUGCAUACUUCCGUCCAUCGUCGGUCAGUGGAGAAUCUCCACCGAGUCGUCCCAUUGCGUUAUAUUCCGACUGUCCGUGCUGGAAAAUAA